CGCGUUCAGGACGUUUUGCAAUCGACUUAUCUCAGCGCAUGGGGGUUCCCCCGAGACAUCGAAUCACUCAUGUGCUUGAAUCUACGAUUGAAAGGAUGUAUCGUAAUAAAACGUUAUUGAGUGUUCCUGUUUUGAGAGUUUUUUUCAGUUAGUGUGUGCCAUGUUAUGUUAUCAAAUGAUAGAUUACCUGUUACAUUCUUACAUGGAUUUCAAGGGAGUCUUUGUUUUUGUGAAGAACUCGUUCCAAACAAACGCCUGUGUAAUUUCGCAGCACUCGCUGCGGACUCGAGGUUGUCUCUCCCGACUUCAUACUGAACGUUCAUGCUCUGGUCUGCAACAUGAACUUGCAGUUUUUAUUUAAGUUUGAGACAGCGCUUUUACGAAGGAUGCCACUGAAUGCUGCACUUUCUGAGGGGUAAUGCUGCUCUAAUUCAGCAAACCAACUGGCGGAUUACAUCGGUGUCUCACUUGUCCUCACAAAGUGCACAGAUAAAACAGAAUGGCUACAACGUUUGUAUUCAUGCUCGAUAUUGGAAUAUUAUUGUUAUUGUUUGGUAACGUUGUGCGUUCAACAGGCCUGAUGCCAUGUGCCGAGUUUUUUGGUCCUACUACGACACCCAAACCGUCAAACGUUCCAGGAGCAGGGGGCAUUAUCCUGAGGGAGUUACACUCCUGUGAGUGGAGCAACUUUGUCGCGUUCACAGACACAAAUUCCAGCGGAAAUGCCUAUGAUUUUCAGUCUUACAUACGCCAAGAAGUCCUACUUCAGUGGCAGCGUCCAUUUGUUGAGAUUGAACUAUCAGAUUCUGCUAUUGAUGAAGAAAUACCUUAUUUAGUUCACGAGCUAUAUGAGCUGCGGGGACUGACAAACUACCUGAUUACAUCAAGCAGAGCAGCUGAAAUUCUCAAGGCUUUUAACGUAAUGUUCGCUGAGAUUGGAAUCAGUACUUUAAUGCCGCAAAAAAUCAAACUGAUUGUUGUUACGAACUAUACAGUGUCUGAGACCCUCUCCCGGGAACUUCUGGAUUCUGUGUAUGACAACAUUGCUAUUUUUACUUUGGAAGGGACUGAUCUUGCUUCUGUUUACACAGUAAUGUGGAGACAGAAUCGGGUGAGAGACUUAGAUUACGUUCUUCAUGAAAACCUAGGGAAAUCCGCAUGCAAUAUAUUUCCGAAUGUUCGUCACGGCUUGAAUCAAAGACGGCUUGUGGGUGCAUCAAAGGAGUGGAUUGGUGACGUGACGGUGAAGCGCAAUGACCAAACUGGACAGUACGAGUACAUUGGGUUUGCUGUGGACGUCAUGGAUAUAAUAGCAGACAGUCUCAACUUCACUUACACCCUGACGCCGAAACCAGGCUGCGGUGGUCAUACAACCUGGGAAAUGCUUGUCGAGCAGGUGGUCAACCGGGACGUGGACUUUGGUUUGUCACUGUGGCCGUUGAGCUCCACCUACUUUUUCAACCACACUGUCACAUUCCCAGUUCUAUAUGAUCAGAUGGUUGGUGCUUAUAUUUACAAACACGAGCCAAACAUUUCUGACUCCCCCGUGCUCGGGAUAUUUCAAUUCAUUGUCUAUAUCUGCAUCAUGUCUGCGUUGAUUUUUACAAUAUUCUUAUACUCUUUCCUGGAGAAAUCCAUCUGGAACCCACCUCCAAAAGAGGACAGUGAGAGUGAAGUUAACAGUGUGGACCCAUCCACAUCGCAUCAGUCAGUGAUGUCUGAACUGUACGAUGAUAUACCAUCAGAACACUUCGAAACGUUUCACAAUUUUCGAUUCGUCACUCGAAGUUACCCGUCGUAUACCAAAGCUUUUGUUUACACCUCUUCCACCCAAAGCACAGCAACAGACUCGUUAGAAGAAGUAAUAGAUAAAACAACUGUAUCUCACGAAAAUGAAGACAGAAGACCCUUCCACUAUUUUAAAUUUGACAUGCCUUCCGUGGAAAUUGUCUUUGGCUUCAUUGGCUCCAUGUUUAACCAGGGCAGCCUACCUGCCGCCUCCUCAAUGUCUGCGCGCUUUCUCUUGUGGUCAUGGAGCUUCAUGCUGGUCAUGUUGUCGGCCAUCUACACAGGUAGCCUCACGGCGGGUCUCAUCAAACAGAAAACUGCAGUUCCUUUUUCAACAGUCCCCGACAUGCUGGACUCUGGAGAGUACGCCUGGGGUGUAGUUGCGGGAGCUUCUAUUUUAAAGACUUUACAAGAAGCUGAGAUUGGGAGUACUUGGAAACGAUUCUACGACAACGUCGAGGCGGUAGAGUACUCCAACAACACGCCCUUUUCAACUCGAAAUCUCCUAACGAUGAUACAGGCUCGAAAACUGGUCGUAUUUUUUGACAAACGACCGCUGCUGUAUCUUAAAAACAACGAACACGUGACAGAUAUGGUCAUCAUGGAAGAUACCCUCAUAGACAACAACUUAGGCUUCAUUAUGUCUCCAGACUCCGAACUUACAGCAUCUUUCUCAAAACAAAUUUCGCUUCUGAUGGAGACGGGAAUUCUGAAGUACCUGUCCAGAAAAUGGGAGCUGGAUCAAGAUGAAAGGAAAGAGUUGGAGGAUGGCAAUGAGAAGCAGCGUCUGGAUGUGUGGUUCGUUAUGUGGGCUGUUGUUGCCUCUGCUGUAGGAAUCGGCAUUGCUAGUAUGGUUCUUGCCGUGGAGCUUACGAUAACGAGAGUGAAAAGUUAUUGUUAUUAUCUUCGACAGAAAGAGCGGGAUUUUAGUGUAACUGAUGUUGACAUUUAGCCAGAUUAUUCAUUUUUGUUGGAUUUA